CUCGCGAGAUUUGCCUCCUCCAGGGCCCACUCCCGAUACUUUCCCGGCCGCUGUCCGGCUUUCCCCGGUGGUCUCUGGUGUCAAGUUCUGGAACUCCGCGAGUAGGGAGAGUGGUGGGAAGCGGACUCUGGACUUUGGCGGGCGCUCCGGGUGAAGCUGUCGGCCAGGGCUAGCCGGCGGGUUCCGGUGCUCUCUCCCCACUCUCCCGAGAGCGACCGGGGUGGGAAAGCUGUCGUCUAGCUGGGCGGGGGGGGGGAGGGCCCUCCUGCCGCAGUGGCUUCGGCAGAGUUUAGGCGUGAGGAGCCGCCGCCGUCGCCUCUUUCUCCCGGGCGUCGCUUGCUGUGCUCACCGUAGAACGCCGCGGGCGGAUGGGAGCGCCUCCUCACUCCGCCUGAUCUCGGGAGGGGUAAGAGCGGAACUCAGGGCCCGCCUCCGGCCGCGGGAACCGCCGCGCUAGCAUCUGGAGGAGGAGCAGCGGACGCCGAGGUUCUCCCCGCGGGAGCUCCCAGCAUGGUUGACUAUAUUGUGGAGUAUGACUAUGAUGCUAUACAUGAUGAUGAGUUAACUAUUCGAGUUGGGGAAAUAAUCAGGAAUGUGAAAAAACGACAGGAGGAAGGAUGGCUAGAAGGAGAACUAAAUGGGAGAAGAGGAAUGUUCCCUGAUAAUUUCGUUAAGGAAAUUAAGAGAGAGACAGAAUCCAGGGAUGACAAUUUGCCCAUCAAACGAGAAAGGCAUGGGAAUGUGGCAAGUCUUGUACAACGAAUAAGCACCUAUGGACUUCCAGCUGGAGGAAUUCAGCCACAUCCACAAACCAAAAACAUUAAGAAGAAAACCAAGAAGCGUCAGUGUAAAGUUCUUUUUGAGUACAUGCCACAGAAUGAGGAUGAGCUGGAGCUGAAAGUGGGAGAUAUUAUUGAUAUUAAUGAAGAGGUAGAAGAAGGCUGGUGGAGUGGAACCCUGAACAACAAGUUGGGACUAUUUCCUUCAAAUUUUGUGAAAGAAUUAGAAGUAACAGAUGAUGGUGAAAUUCAUGAAGUACAGGAGGAUUCAGGUGUCAUUCUUCAAAACCAUAUUAUUCUUCUAGAAACUUUUUUGACUGGGCCUACCUCACCUUUACCCUCUCUGGGGAAUGGGAGUGAAACUGCAUCUGGACCAACUGCACAACCAAAGAAAAUUCGAGGAAUUGGGUUUGGAGAUAUUUUUAAAGAAGGCUCUGUGAAACUUAGAAGAAGAACAUCCAGUAAUGAAACAGAAGAGAAAAAAACAGAAAAGCCCUUGAUCAUACAGUCCUUAGGAUCCAAAACUCAGAGUGUGGAUGUAACAAAAACAGACACUGAAGGUAAAAUUAAAGCUAAAGAAUAUUGUAGAACAUUAUUUGCUUAUGAAGGUACUAAUGAAGAUGAACUUACUUUUAAAGAGGGGGAGAUAAUCCAUCUGAUAAGUAAGGACACUGGAGAAGCUGGCUGGUGGAAGGGUGAACUUAAUGGUAAAGAAGGAGUAUUUCCAGACAAUUUUGCUAUUCAGAUAAAUGAACAGGAUAAGGACUUUCCAAAACCAAAGAAACCACCACCUCCUGCUAAGGGCCCAGCUCCAAAACCUGAGCUGUUCGCUGCAGAAAAGAAGAAUUUUCCUAUAAAGUCUGAAGAAAAAGAUGAAAAACCAACCCAAGAACAGAAACCUUCUAAACCGGUUGCUCCACAAGUCCCACCCAAGAAACCUACUCCUCCCACCAAAGCCAAUAAUCUUUUGAGAUCUCCUGGAACCAUGUAUCCAAAGCGGCCUGAAAAACCAGUUCUUCCACCACCACCUAUAGCCAAGAUUAAUGGGGAAGUUUCUACCAUUUCAUCAAAAUUUGAGACAGAGCCAAUAUCAAAACCAAAGCUAGAUUCUGAAAAUUUACCACUUAGACCAAAAUCAGUAGAGCUUGAUUCCUUUGCAGUAAGGAACUCUAAAGAAACAGAGCUUAUAAAUUUUGAUGAUAUAGCUUCCUCAGAAAACCUACUACAUCUCACUGCAAAUAGACCAAAGAUGCCUGGAAGAAGGUUGCCUGGUCGCUUCAAUGGUGGACAUUCUCCAACUCAAAGCCCAGAAAAAACCUUGAAGUCAGCAAAAGAAGAAGAAGAUAGUGCCAAGCUAAAGUCAUCUGAAUUUAAGAAGGAUACAAGCUACUCUUCAAAGCCAUCUGUGUACCUUUCAACACCUUCCAUUGCAUCUUCUAAACCAAAUACGGCUGUUUUCCUAACUCCGUUAGAAAUCAAAGCUAAAGUAGAAACAGAUGAUGGGAAAAAAAAUCCCCUGGAUGAACUUAAAGCACAGAUGAUUGAAUUGCUGUGCAUUGUAGAAGCAUUGAAAAAGGAUCAUGGGAAAGAACUGGAAAAACUACGAAAAGAUUUGGAAGAAGAGAAGGCAAUGAGAUGUAAGCUAGAGGCGGAAAUAGAGAAAUUGAAAAAAGCAGUCCUAUCUUCUUGAGGCGGCAUGGGCCCAGUGUUCUUAGAGUUCCAGGGAUCCAGAAGCAACACUAUGAAUUAAAACUGACUUGUUAUUUAUAAAUAACAACUGGUGGUGUUGUGAUAAGGAAAACUAAGUAUACAAACUAUAAUAUCUGUAGAAAAGUUGGGGGAGGGUGAAUUUAUAUAUAUAUAUAUAUUGUUUUGCCAAUAUGAAAAAAGAGGCCUUAUUUCUUACUGUGAUGGAAUUUCAAACUUUGUUUUGUUUUUGGUUUGAUUGAAAAUACUACUGAAUCUGUAUAAAAAGGAAAGAAAGUUCAUAAUAGUUUUUUUAUUGAAACUUGUGUUAUUUUUUAAAGAGAUCUAUACUAUAAAUAUGGUGAUAUCUUUACAAGUAAUCUGUAAAAUAUACUUUUUGAGUGGACAAAUUAGCUUUAUAGAAACUAUAGUCACUAUUUUCCCUUUAAUACACAAGGGAUAUAAACUUUGUGUGUGUGUG